CUACAGGAUAGGCUGCGAGCGGAGGAGCAACGCUGUCUGUCAACGGGGUUUCGACUCGAUUACCUACGCAACCAGGGGGCGGGAACCUCGGAGCUGGAAAAAGUAGCUGUCGUCGAGGUCAGGCUUUGGGAUUAAAGGGAUCGCUGGUGGUUUCACCGUUUCUUCAUCGAAACUGCCAGGGAGGAUUCAUGCCGAGAGUCGGUUAGCUAAAUCAAUGCGGUACGAAACUAAAAUGAUGCCGAUGUUCUUGACUGUAUACCUCAGUAACAAUGACCAGCAUUUUACUGAGGUUCCUGUGACGCCCGAUACACUGUGCCGGGAUGUGGUGGAUUUGUGCAAAGAGCCCGGGGAGACGGACUGCCACCUGUCUGAGAUGUGGCGCGGCUCUGAGAGGCCUGUAGGUGAAAAUGAAAGGAUGUUGGAUGUUCUUCAAAGAUGGGGGCCACAGGGGUCUGAGGUCCGGUUCUUCCUGCGUCACAACCGACCUCCCAGCAGGGAAUCGGGGGGACCAAGAGGCUCUGAUUCGAGGAGAAAUGGGGCGAGGGCUGCUCCCGAAAGAAGAACGGAGAAUGGAGUAGCAACGCCCCGAAUGGACAUGACACUGACCGAACUACAAGAAAUGGCUGCCAGGCAGCAACAACAAAUAGAAGCUCAACAACAGCUCCUCGCUUCAAAGGAGCACCGACUACGCUACCUGAAGCAGCAGGAGCAGCGUCAGCAGCAGCAGGCCUCUGAACAGGAAAAGCUCCAGCGCCUCAGAGAAAACAUUGAGAAUCAGGAAGCCCGGCUCAAGAAGGUCAGGGCCCUCAAGGGCCAGGUGGAGCAGAAGCGCCUCAGCAACGGGAAGCUAGUGGAGGAAAUUGAACAAAUGAAUAACCUGUUCCAGCAAAAGCAGAAGGAGCUAGUGAUGGCUGCAUCAAAGGUGGAAGAGCUCAGCCGACAGCUGGAAUUACUAAAAAAUGGCAAAAUGGAGAAUUUCCAUGGCAACCAAAGCUCAAUGGCUGAGUUAGAUCGCCUCUACAAGGAGCUUCAGCUGAGAAACCGACUCAAUCAAGAUCAAAACUCUAAGCUGCAGCAGCAGAGAGAGAACUUGAAUAAGCGCAACCUUGAGGUGGCUGCAAUGGACAAACGCAUCAGUGAGCUCCGAGAUCGUCUGUGGAAGAAGAAGGCAGCCCUUCAACAAAAAGAUAACUUACCUAAUGGCUAUCCUGGUAAAGAGAGGGCUUCAAAAGACACUCACACUCAGCAGCUACCGUCUGAAAGCACAGCUGGACAGCAGCCUGGUGGCUCUCGUGUGGCAGCGGUCGGCCCCUACAUUCAGUCGUCCACCAUGCCCCGAGGUCCAGCAAGACACGAUCAGCCUAUUAAACCAGCCUACCCAGACGGCACUUCCACCUUACCCGCUCAGGACCCGCAGAGCAAGGCAGGAGCAGGCCUUCAGUCCAAUAAACAGGCAGACUGGAGGUCCUCAGGUCCAGACUCGAACACCAAUGGUUAUGGUUCAGCUUCAACACUCCCACGAAUGACCUCUACCUCCAAACCAAACACAGAUCAAGUUGAAUCAGAUGUAAAGAGGGACAGAAAGGUGCGUCCAUUCUCCAUGUUUGAACCAACGGAGGCUGCUGCAACCACCCUUCGCAAAAACCCGAGCUGUGAUGAUUUGAUCAGAGAUGCUCAGUCUGCCCCUAAGGCUCCUGUUAAGGUCCCUCCACCUGUUCCCAACAAGCCAAAAGGCCCAGUUGCUGUGCCGUAUGGCAAACCAGGCCUCAAUACAGGAACCUUCCCUAAAGCUAAACCCCAAAUCCAGCAGCCCCAAGCUGCACAGGGCCGCAGCACUCUCCCUCCUUCACAGAGCCAGACACUUCCUUUACCCCCGAAGCAGGACAUGCCAAUUGCAGCCGCUGUUCGACCUUUCACCCCAGAGCCUCAGUCCUCCAGCCUCACUAAGCCACAGAUUGUAGCAGCCAGCUCCAUUUAUUCCAUGUACACGCAGCAGCCUGGUGCAGGAAAGCCCUUCCCAUCUGGCUCCCAGAGUUCUCUCAGCAGGCCUCAAAAUCGCAACGCUGGAUUUAUCAGCAUGUAUGGCAAACCAGUGAUCGGAAAUGGAAGUUCUCCGAUUCCAGAGAAUCCAUACCUAGAGCGCCGUUCACCUGCACCGGAAAGUGAAGUUGAUCACACAGGAGCCAACGGUGUGGGUCCCAGCUCAUCCGAGGGCCCCCAGCCUGAGACUGAACGCAUCCCUCGGCCGCUGAGUCCCACCAAGCUGCUGCCCUUUAUUUCCAACCCUUACAGGCAUCAGAGUGACGGGGAAUUUGAAGCCUUGAGGAAGAAGCUCUACAACGCCCCAAGACCUCUGAAGAAGCGCAGCUCCAUCACAGAACCAGAGGGCCCUGCGGGGCCCAACAUUCAGAAACUUCUCUACCAGAAGACCACAUUAGCAGCCAUGGAGACUACUGUGACCACACCAACCAUUCCCGCCUACGCUCGAGAAGCAGAAAAAGCAGAGGAGAGGUCUGUUGGGCCAAAAGCUGCAACUCACCUUAGUAAUGCAGAUAAUACCCCAGCAGUAACGGGGCAGCCUGCAGAGCCCCUGUCUUCUGCCACCAGUGACCCAGUUCCAACCCCGAGUGAGCAGACUCUACCUCAGUCAGCCAUUCUGGAGACCGAGGAAAUUAUUCCUCCUCCUCCACCAUCACACCCGGCUCCAAGACCUGAAGAUGCCCUGUUUCCCCCUCCACCCUCUGAGAGCUUAGAAGAUACAAGCCUGCCACCUCCACCUCCAGAAAGUUUGGUAGAAGAGUUUCCUCCUUACCCACCCCCCCCAUACCCCAGUGGAGCAGAGCAGGAGAGCCUGGGCGAAGACACCUUCAACAUGAAGGCACCUGAGGUCACAGGACAAGUUGCUCUUCCACCGGGAAAAAGAACCAAUUUGCGCAAGCUUGGUUCCCAGCGCAUCGAUCACAAAAUGAGGGUGAAGUUCAACCCGCUGGCUCUUCUGCUGGACUCUUCCCUGGAGGGAGAGUAUGACCUGGUGCAGAGGAUCAUAUAUGAAGUGGAGGAUCCGAGCCAGCCGAACGAUGAAGGGAUAACCGCUCUGCAUAACGCCGUCUGCGCUGGACAUACAGAGAUUGUGAAGUUCCUGGUUCAGUUUGGAGUUAAUGUUAAUGCUGCUGACAGUGAUGGAUGGACACCUCUUCACUGCGCUGCGUCCUGCAACAAUGUUCAAGUGUGUAAAUUCCUGGUGGAGUCUGGUGCAGCAGUCUUUGCAAUGACAUACAGUGAUAUGCAGACAGCAGCUGAUAAAUGUGAAGAGAUGGAAGAAGGCUACACCCAGUGCUCACAGUUCCUUUAUGGGGUGCAGGAGAAGAUGGGGAUCAUGAACAGGGGUGUAGUCUAUGGCCUGUGGGACUACACGGCUGAAAACCCAGAUGAACUCUCCUUCCACGAGGGAGACUGCAUGACCAUUGUUCGCAGAGAGGAUGACGAUGAGGUUGACUGGUGGUGGGCGCGUCUCGGUGACGCUGAAGGAUACAUUCCUCGCAACCUCCUGGGGCUCUACCCAAGAAUAAAACCAAGACAGCGCACCCUGGCAUGAAACCCGCAGCAGGGCACACACAGGCUUUAACCAAUCAGAGAAGAGGAUUCUGCCGAAAAUGGAGGAGAGGUCGGACCAAACCAUAUGAAGGAAAUUUCUGGCACUUUUCUGUAGCUUCAGUUAAUGAAUUUAUCCUCACUUUUUUCCCCUAGUGUGUUAUGUAUUCCAGACACCAAGCUGUGUUUUUUUAUUUUAAUGUUUGUUUCAUUAUGUUUUUGUAUACAAAAAUAUAUGUGAAAUCGCAACCUCACUAAUGUUAGGAUUAAAAUGGAAUAAGCUGUAUUUUCUCUAGAAAGUAAUCUGGAACACUUUAAAAAGUCUUAAGAUCGGUUUGGUCGUCUAGUUUUUACAGACUAAUGCUGAUGCUGCUCAGGCAUCUCUACCAUUUAAAACUCGGCCGGAAAUGUAAAGUUUGACGUGUAAUCCUCAUACUUCUGGUGGAACAACUUGCAAAUAAAAGGAGAGGAUCAAACAUCAGCUUUUAGUAGUUGUAUCAGUGUUCUCCAGUCUUCACAGGUGACCUGAAAGUCAGUCAGCUUUGGAACAUGGUUUAGAUGCCAUAAAUACUACGCAUUAUUUCUUUUAUAGUAAACUAAUUAAUUGUUUCUGUAGAGUUUAUGUUGUUAUAAACUUGACUUUUCUUUUCCAAUCCUUUCAUUUAAAAAGGUAUGUAUGCAGUAUGCUUUUUUUAUUUUGUGAAAACCAUUCUAGUAAAGGUCAUUUUUGAUUUUUGGAAGGAAAAACCACAGGAGGAGAGUAGAGUAGAGUAGAGCAAAGUCUCAGUUUGAAACUUCCAUUGUAAAAGCUUAAAAAUGAGGAAAAGAAAUAAAAUAAAAAAAGUCCUUUUUCUGUCCAAGCAGAUUUAUUUAUUUUUGUUACUUGGUUCUGUAGCGCUUUUGUUAAAUCUAUUACCGUAAGUGUACUGUAAUACUUCAGUUACAAUAAAAGACUUUGUACUAAA